AUGCCCCACCCGCAAAAAUACCGCCUCUUCUUCCACACGCCCCCCGCCGCCCUCGAAGCCUGCAAAGCAGCCAUCUUCAACGCCGGCGCGGGCCGCUACCCGGGCGGCAAAUACACAGAGUGCGCCUGGGCCGUGCUCGGCCAGGCCCAGUUCCGCCCCGGUCAGGCUGCGAAGCCGCAUCUGGGCGUGGCUGGACAGCUGGAGCGGACGGAGGAGGUGAGGGUUGAGGUUGUGUGUUUUGGCGAGGAGGUUGUGAGGGAGGCGGUUGGGGCUUUGAGGAGGGCGCAUCCGUAUGAGGAGCCGUCGUAUGGGGUAGAAUCUAUCGAGUCUUGUUCGCUGGGUAUAUGUCUAUCUAGGGGUGAGAGAAGGUUGAGAGAAGGUGUUCAGAGUAGAGGAGGCCGUGCUCAGAGUUACGCCCACAACUGGUCACACCCACCAGAAUAUGAAGCGUUAUCCUAUGCUUGGGGAGAUGCAAAGGAUGUAGAGUGGAUUACAUGCCAAGAUAGAGAGUUAAAGGUGACUCGAAGCCUCUAUAACGCACUCAGACAUCUUCGCCUCCAAGAUAAGUCUAGGAUGCUGUGGGCAGAUGCCAUCUGUAUCAACCAGUCCGACGUUCCUGAACGCAGCAGUCAGGUCACGCAAAUGCUGAGGAUAUACCAGACUGCAAAAACAGUCAUCGUUUGGCUCGGGCCAGACUCAGAGAAAGGGCAGGCCAAGCAAGCCGUGAAUGCCAUCAGGACCAUAUCGGAUUUCAUCUGCCAAAGGGUCGGUAUCCCCGUCUCCGACCUGAGCUCAAUCAGCGAUGUCUACCAAGAAGUCAUCUUCAAGAAUAAAAAGUCGCUUCCACUACCGAAUGACUGCGAUUUUGUCACCGGCAGCAUGUGGCAAAGCCUCGUAUGGUUCUACUCCCAUCUUUACUUCACACGCGUGUGGGCCAUUCAAGAGGUAAAUGCCACGACAGAACGUGUGGUCCAUUGUGGGCACGAAACCGUCGAGUGGGAUCGUGUGGCACUGGUAGCUGGUUAUAUAAUCAUGGAAACCGCUUCGUCAAAGAGCCUCGGUUUCUCCACGGCAAAGUGCUGGUUCGCAGCCAUCAUGACAACGGAGCGUAUACGACAGCCCAAAAACUGGCUGUUCAUGCUGUAUUUGACGUCCAAUUUCAACAGCACGGACCCGAGAGACCAGAUAUACGGGCUACGUGGGCUGAUGAGGCUCUCGGGCGGAGACGCCCCUGAAGGGCUGUUGCAUCCCGACUACGCAAAGUCAGAUACAGAAGUCUAUCGCGACUCUGUUGAAGCCGGAUUGGUCCAUUUCCAGAACACGGAUGUGCUGCUGUACCGCAAAGGAGACGAAAGCCCGUCUUGGAUUCCCCGCUGGGACCGGCCCAUGCUGUUUCGCAACCCCUUCCGAUUUGGAAAAGCGCUUCCAUGGAGACCUGCUGGUCUUACAAAACCCGUCUGGACUAUUGACAAGGAAGCAAACUUGCUUUCCCUGUCGGGCUAUACCAUUGAUUGUAUUAAAGAUACUGUACCGUAUAGAGAAAGUAUCUUCGGCAAUGCAAUGAUCGAGUCGGACGAGGGGAGGGAAGAACUAGGCAAACUAUGGCAACAGAUACUAACGACAAUGGAGCGAAGUUUCCGACAAACUCCAUUUGAUGCUUCCAUACUCACCGCCGCGGCAACAUCUUUCUCUUUUGGCCUAGAUGAGAACAGCGACCCCACCAAUGAACGUCUAUUACUACACAAGUUCAUCGCUUACCUGAGACUGAUUCUUAGCAACGAAACUCUCAACAAAUACAUACCGCAGAACCUAAGCGAGGAAACCGAGUACGCCAACGGCCUCCUCUUCGGCAAGCCCGUCUGGGACUUUCCAUACCCGGAAUCCAGCUUCUUCCUUACCGCAACUGGAAUGGCGGGAUGCUGCGUCUCGACGACACAAGCUGAAGAUGUCGUAUUCGCCCCUUUGGGCAGUACAUAUCCUUUCGUGCUACGCCGUCAUGGUGAUUGCUAUAGUCUCAGGGGCUUCGCGUUCGUGUAUGGCAUGAUGCGGGGGGAGCGGGUAGGGCGCGAGGUCGAAAGUGUUACGAUAUGCUAGUACGAUGCUGCGACGACGCGGACGCCUCGAGGAUAUGAAUUCGAGCUAUCACAUCUUUUAGAGAUCUACGGAAAGGAAUGGAUGGGAUGGUGGCCAAGGUAUGAGCAUCUUAAGAGGUGAGAUGAUUGGACUUCCAUGCAUGAUAUACGCUUGUCCAGCCUCUAAUGGUGUCGUAUAUGUGAAAGCGAAUAGUCGAAUGAUUGUAGGAGUCCAUGGAUAUGUAAGGCGAUAAUAAUCACUGCUAUUGGCGUAUUUGCCAUUGAGACAGUGGUGUAUUUGGCAUUCUGGGAAACUCUAUACUGGAGAACUGAGUUAUAUUAUACAGAUGCGAUCGUGGUAGCCGUAUUGAUAACCCCUUGAACGGACCAGUUCCAGGCUGCCAGGAAUCUCUCCGGCCUGGAAAUACAGACUCCUGCCUCUUAUAAGUAUCUCUUCAACCACAUCAUAACAUCUACAUUAUCAUCUUCACGUUCAUUUGUAUC